CAAAACUGUUGAUAAAUAUCUUCGUAGAUAAGUGAAAAACAGGUAAGAGUAAUAAAUAAAUUCAUGAUCGGGGCAUGAAAAAAAAUUCAAUCUUUUUGUGUAUCUCUAAAUAAUUGAGUUCCAUCUUUUUCUGGGUUCCCAGAGUUUCAGAAUAGUGUCCAAAAUUCAAGAUUUUUUUGGAGAAAGAGACAGCCAUGAUAGGAAGAGAAAUCCUCAACAAGAUGAAGGAAAAAGCAUGCUUUUCCACUCCUCUCACACCGGAUGCAAAGAAAGGCGGGAGCAAAUUCUCAAAGCACGUCACACACGGUUCCCAUCUAAUGAAAGGAAAGGCGAACCAUGCCAUGGAAGAUUAUUUAGUUUCUGAACUCAAGAUGAUAGACGAGAACGAGCUGGGUCUGUUUGCUAUCUAUGACGGGCAUAUGGGCCACGAUGUUGCAAAUUACUUGCAACUGCACCUGUUCAACAACAUCUUGAAGCAGAGCGAUUUUUGGACGGACAUAAAAAUUGCACUAAAGAACGCCUAUCAGAAGACCGAUAAGGAAAUACUAGAGAAAUCGCUUCAGUUGGGGAAAGGAGGGUCGACAGCAGUAACUGCGAUAUUGAUCAACGGGCAGAAGCUCAUAGUUGCAAACGUAGGGGACUCCCGGGCUGUCAUUAGCAAGAAAGGCGUGGCCAACCAACUAUCCGUUGAUCACGAGCCUAGCAGGGAGAAGAAGUUGAUCGAGAGCAAGGGUGGAUUCGUAUCAAAUCUGCCAGGCGAUGUCCCUCGCGUUGAUGGCCAGCUGGCGGUGGCCAGAGCAUUUGGCGACAAGAGCUUGAAGAGACACGUGAGCUCGGAGCCUGAUAUAGCAGUCGAGACAAUAGAUGAUGAUGCAGAGUUCGUCAUUUUAGCAAGCGAUGGAUUGUGGAAGGUCAUGUCGAAUCAGGAGGCUGUCGACUCCAUUAAAACGAUCAAGGACCCUCACGCAGCAGCGAAGCAUCUCAUUGAUGAGGCGCUGUCGAGGAAGAGCAAGGACGACAUCUCCUGCAUCGUCGUGAGGUUUCAGUAAUCUUUGAUUUGAUUCUGUUUUAAUGCUUUGCCUAAAGUUGUUAUAUAGAAUUUGAAGAUGCAAGAAAUUGAAUGAUAUUGUUGUGUAGAUUUUAAGAAGCCCUUGAUUCUGCAUCUUGAGGGACAUACUUGUGUAUAAUAUACCAAAAUAUGUGAUUUUAUAUGCUUGCAUAUACAGGCAUUGUUGCUUUC